UUUACUCAAGCCUAUGGGUGCCCGCCGGUUAUAGUAUAUGACAGCAGUCAUUCCACGCGCACCGUCUUCUGAGUCACUGCGUGUCCUUUGACCUCUGUCGCUUCUAAAAUAGAGAAAGGACCUUGUGGAGACUUGAGUCAGAGUUGCAGUUGUUGACUGCGACGUUUUGUCCGUCAGUCAAAGAGUUUAGCCACGUGUGAUUUCUGAAGUAAAGUAGCUACGAAAUACGUGAAAAGUUUUGCUUCAGGAGUUGCGAUGUUUGUCAUAUCGCGGACUCAUUUCGUAAGUUCGCAUCUUUUGGAUAAAACGAGCUUGUCCUGAGGGAACUGAAGACGAUAGGUAGAAGACUCUUCACAUUACUCCAGUUACUCGUCUUAUGGGUCUUCUGUGCCUUACAAAUCCCAAGUGACGCCAGUUGAUCUGUAUCAGCACAUUCUCCUGAUCUCUAGUGUCUCCAUCAAUCAGUGGAGGGUGAUGAGGGGGGUGGGGAGCCUGCAGCUCGUUCUGCUUUUGGCCUUGACCUCCAGAGCCACAAGCCUCAACAUCCCUCUGGAAGUGGAGCAGCCUCCAACCAUAAUUACUCACACAGCUGGUCCCAUUAUUGCCCUUCCUUUUGAAAACACGAUCUCUAUCAGGUGUGAAGCCAGGGGCAAUCCUCCACCAGAAUACAGAUGGACAAAAGAUGGAAAAGACUUUAUCCCUCCCCACAAAAUAGGCCACAUGGAUGGAACUUUAGUGCUUUCAAUGAAGCACUUUGUGCAAUACCGCGGUAAAUACAGAUGCUACACUUUUAACAAGCUGGGAACUGCCAUGACAGAGGAGAUUGAACUGAGAGUUUCUAGUGCUCCCAAAUUUCCGAAGGAGUAUAAUCUCCCUAUUAUUGUUAAGGAGGGAGAGCCGAUCACCCUGGAGUGUAACCCUCCAGAAGGCGUUGCCCCACGUAAGAUCUACUGGAUGACCCUUGGUCUCGAACACAUUGAGCAGGAUGAGAGGGUUUCCAUGGGCAUUGAUGGCAACCUGUACUUCUCUAAUGCCUUACAGAAAGACAGUCGUCAGGACUACUGUUGCUUUGCUGCCUUCUCCAAAAUACGCACCAUUGCCCAAAAAAACGCGAUGGCUGUCGUGGUCAAGAGCUUGAAACGUGGCAAUGAAUCUGCUGACAGCGCCAAUGCCAACGAAGCCCCCGCAGUGAGACUACCUGGCCUGCUGCUGCCCUCUGGUGUUCAGACAGAGAAGGUGCUGUUGAAGGGAGAGCAUCUCCAGCUUGAGUGUAUACCACAGGGAUAUCCCACUCCAAAGAUAAGCUGGAUGAAAAUGGGAGACAAGCUGCCUCCACGGACAAAAUAUGACAACUUUGGAAAGCUGUUGUCCUUAUCUGAUAUAGAUGAGAGGGAUGCCGGGAAAUACUUGUGUAAAGCCCAAAACUCUGCUGGAGAGGCUGUUCACUACUUUGAUGUAAUAGUGGAAGAGCCGCCAAAGUGGCACACAGAGCCUCCUCCGAGCCAGCUGACCGUGAUUGGGUCUGAUGUUUACAUCAAGUGCUCUGUCAGAGGAAAACCACAGCCAGAGAUAACAUGGAGGAGGAAUGGAGAGUUUUUCAGAGAUGACCCAGAGAACAACAGGCGAGUACUCGAUGACACUGUGGUGCUCCAUAAUGCCAAACCAGAGGACAGUGCUGUCUACCAGUGUGAAGCCUCCAACAGUCAUGGCAGUGUUCUGGCCAACAUUAACAUCAUGGUCAUAAAUAUGGCACCGCGGAUAUUGACAAGGGAUAACCAAGAAUACGCUGUAGUACUAGGAGGGGAUGUCAUCAUGAACUGCAGUGUUUUCAGCUCUCCACCCUCAAACAUCUCAUGGUCCAAUGAUGGGAAAGCCAUUGCGGGAGAACGAUUUCUUGCUCUGAGUGGAUCUUUGCAAAUCAUUGGUGCAGAAAAAAAUGACAGUGGGAAAUAUGUGUGUGUCGCCUCUAACACGGAAGGCAGGUCAGCUGUCACUGCUUACCUGGAUGUGAAAGACCCUACAAAAAUAGUAAUUCCACCUCAAGACGUGCAGAUCAUCAGUGGGACCACAGCCCAGUUGAUGUGCCAGGCAGAGUAUGAUAAAAGCCUGCGGGGUGCCUUUGAGAUGGUAUGGAGGAAGGAUGGUGAGGAUAUCCCACUUUACUUUGAGGAACAUUCCAGAUACUUUGUGGACGAUGGCAUGCUGCAGAUCAUGAAUGUGAACCAGAGUGAUCAAGGAAUAUACACAUGCAUUGCUAGAACCAGCCUAGACGAGGACAAUGCCACUGCAAUACUCACCGUGCUGGACAUUCCUGAUGCUCCAAAAAAUGUAAAGAUAUCUGAACUCAAGAGUCCGAGAAAUGUUCAUCUGUCUUGGAUACCUGGGAGUGAUCACAAUAGCUCUGUAACAGAAUUUAUAGUGGAGUAUGAGGAAAACCAAUGGGAGCCUGGCAGGUGGAAGGAGCUACAGAAAGUUCCCGGUAACCAGGCAACAGCCGAGCUACCAUUACGUGGACACCUUAACUACCAGUUCAGAGUGUAUGCUGUUAAUGCUGUUGGACCUGGACCCCCCAGUCAGCCCACUGAGAGAUACAAAACACCCCCUGCUGCUCCUGAGAGGAACCCAGAAAACAUCAAAAUUCAAGGCCAUCUUCCUCAUCAAAUGGACAUUAGCUGGGAGCCGCUGUUGCCUAUUGAACACAAUGGGCCAGGCCUGGAGUACAAGGUGAGCUACAGGAAACUGGGGGUGGAAGAUGACUGGAGGGAGCAUCUGGUCAAAAGACACUCCUUUGUCGUGAGGAACACGUCCACUUUUGUUCCCUACGAGAUUAAAAUUCAGAGUAGGAACAGCCACGGCUGGGGACCAGAUCCCAAAGUUGUUACUGGCUACUCUGGAGAAGAUGUUGUCUUUUGGCAUUGUCUGCGGGAAAAUGUGUCAGUCCCGACUGCAGCACCACGGGACGUAGCAGUGGAGGUGAUCAACACCACUGUUCUGAGGGUUAGCUGGACCCCGGCACCACCUGCCACAGUGAGAGGUCAUCUAGGGGGCUAUGAUGUUCACUGGUUGAGGAAAAAAAGUUUGCUGAAUCCCAACAAGGUUUUAGAUGAGCGCCAGACCCUGUCAUUUCCUGGGAAGAGGACUCAUGCCAUCGUACCGGGCCUUAAACCUUUCUCUGAGUACAGACUCACUGUCAGUAUUUUCAACAAGAAGGGCAAUGGGCCCCACAGUGACCCGGUAACCUUCAGCACUCCAGAGGGAGUUCCUGCGCAAUUGCCCAUCCUGACUGCCUCCAACGCCCAAAAGGACUCCAUUUUGCUGGUAUGGGGCCCACCGCUGGAGGUGAAUGGCAUCCUCACUGGUUAUCUCCUGCAGUACCACCGCAUUAAUGAGACCACACUGGAGGUGGUUGAUUCCCAGGAGAAGAACAUCACUGAGGCUGACACCACCCAGUGGCAGCUCCAGGGCUUAGAGGAGGGCAGCCUCUACCGUUUCCACCUCAGUGCCUGCACUCGAGCAGGUUGUGGACCCGCACUGGCUCAAGAGAGCAGCACCGUUGCUCAUGCACAUUUGUCCCCGACUCCAGCUGAGGCCCCUAUUCAGAGCAGCUUCAACUGCUCUCUCUCUUUUCCCAGCUCUAUUGCAGGAAAUUCUACUCAUCCUUAUUUAGUUCCAGCCCUGUUGAACAUAAGCUCUUAUGUAAGUGACACCUUUGCCAAAAUCAGCUGGACUGCCAGAGAAGAGCAGCAGGACUCUGAGCUUUAUGUGGCUUAUAUGAAUAACCGUGAUGGUAACUGGCGGAUUUCAGAGGCUGUAAACACUUCUCAAAGUUUCCACGUAAUUGAUGGGCUCAAACCUGGGACGGUGUACACCGUGCGCCUCAUGGCCAAGAGGCUGCUCGAUAACGCUAGCAUUUUUGAAGACGUUAUCAAGACUCAAGUCAAAGGCGCAGCAGGUCAGCGGAGCGACUUUUCAACCCAGGGCUGGUUCAUUGGGACCAUGUGUGCUGUGGCGCUCCUCACCCUUGUCACGCUCACGACCUGCUUUGUGCGGAGAAACAAAGGUGGCAAGUAUGCAGGUACGCCGCCGCCGACCCAGCGACAAGAAAUGUUCUCCAUGGAAAAAGUGAAAGAGAAGGAGGACCUCCACCCUGAUGUAGAGUCACAAGGGAUGAAUGAUGACACCUUCUGUGAAUACAGUGACAGCGAAGAGAAGCCACUGAAGGGCAGUAGCUCGUGUUCCCUGAAUGACGCGUUUGGAGACAGCAUCAGCAGAGACAGCCUGGUUAACUAUGCUGAUGGUGGAAGAGAAUUCAAUGAGGAUGGUUCAUUUAUUGGAGAAUAUUCCGGACACAAGCACAGAGGUUCUGUUAGUGAGACUAGUGGACCCGGACCAGUCACUGCAUAAAAACCCACUUCCAGUUAAAAUGGUCUGCUUCAAAUUUUUUCAAGAUACUUUUUAAAAUGUAGCUUCACUGGCAUUAAAUAUAACUUCAAUAGCCAAAAAUGGGGUAAUAAAAAUGACUCAAAUGUGCAGAAAUUUUGCCCAGGGACUCCUUUCUUUGUACAUACAGUAAGAGAAUGACCUGUAUCAUUUGAGUUUUUCAAGAUUUUAUUAAUAAAAAUAGUUUUUUGUAUCUAUAAAACAUGAUCUUAAGCUGUGUAUAUUGAAAAAUGAAAAUGUCCAGUACA